AUGCUCCCUUUGCCUGCUUUUACAGCUCUUUUAAGAUCUCAUUCUGCUGGUAAACUGCUGCAAUAUUGUGUUGCUGAAGGAGCACAUGUUUGUGCUAAUGAAGUGUAUGCUCUUAUUGAAGUUAUGAAAAUGGUACUAGAACUGCGUGUGCCUACAUCAGGCAUUAUCACUUUGAAGCGUAUUCCGGGUGCUGUUCUAGAACCAGGCACAGAGUUAGCACGUAUUGAAUUAGAUGAAUCAAGUCAAUUAAAACCUUUGCAAAUAUUCGCUGGACCAUUCACUCUUCCUACAGAAUAUAGCGAUUUUAGUCAGUCCUCAUGUUCACGUAAGGUGUUAUUCCCUCCGCAAACUUCAAAUUUAUUCUAUCAAAAUGAUUCAGUGUGCAGUGUAGAUUCAACACUCACUUCGUCGUCUAGUACAGUCAGCUUAUCGGGAUCACGUGUGCCAACUUCUUCAAUUGUUGGAAAGUUACAUCUUCAAUUUUUUCGAUUGCUUGCGUCAUUAGAGCAAGUAUUAUUUGGAUAUUGUUUGUCUGAACCAUAUUUUAGCAAAUCGUUGGUGAAGAAUUUGAAUCAACUACUUACAUUGUUGUAUGAUCCACGUUUACCACUUUUGGAAUUGCAGGAUACAAUAGCCCAUUUGAAAGGUCAACUGCCACCUACAAUGGAGAAGGCCUUACGUCUUCAUGCAAAAAUUUAUGCCGAUCAAGCAACUUCAGUGUUGGCCAAUUUCCCAUCUGAUCAAAUUCUGCAGAUAACUGAAAAACACUUGAAACAACUUAAUCCGGAUGCAAGUAUUAAUUGUUCAUCGACGGACCCGGUGGUAUCGGAAUUUCAACGGAUUACUCAACGAUUGGUCGAUCUGGCUGAACGUUAUCGUAAUGGUCUGCGUGGUCAUACUGUUCGUGUGAUAUCUCAGUUAUUCAUGGGCUAUGUUGUAAUUGAGAAACACUUCCAACACGGUCAAUACGAUAAGUGUAUUCGGCAUCUACUUGCAAGAUGUCAAGGUUCUACACUUUGGGGUAGUGCACCAAAAUCUGGCAUCUGUCCUGGAGAGAAUACAACAAUUCAAGAUGAUGGAUUGAAUAAUUUGACUAUUCACUUAGUCCCAUUCAGUUUUCGUAAUCUAAUUCAACCAAAUUCAAUCUCAGAUAUUGUCUCAGUUAUCUUUUCACAUCGUCAACUUGCAAUGAAAAAUGUUUUAAUUGUCAAUCUUAUCAAUUCACUAACUGAAAGACGUGAAUUAAGUAUGGCCGAUAAUUUACAGAGUUGUUUAAAAGCAUUAACUGAAUUAGGUGGUUCAAGGAAUUCAAAAGUGGCCUUAGCAGCACGUCAACUACUCAUCUCUGUACAAACACCUUCGUAUGAGUUAAGACGGAAUCAAGUUGAAUCAAUUUUCUUGUCAGCAGUGGAUACAUUUGGCCAACAGUUUCAUCCUGGAUUAUUGUUGCAGCUAAUUAAUUCUGAGACGGUUGUUUUUGAUAUUCUAACAGAAUUUUUUUAUCAUCCUAUUCAGGCUGUGGCUAGUGCUGCAUUGGAGGUGUACAUUAGACGUUCGUACACAGCAUAUGAAUUAACUGGUGUCCAUCAUUUCCAAUUACCUUGUGGUAGUUCUCUCUUCACAUUCCGUUUUAUACUUCCAACUGGAUUUGUAUCCAGUUCUUCAGCUGCGAACCGGCGUUCUUCAGACUCCGAAAAAUCUAACUACCAAAAAUGUAAUUCAGAUAAUUCACUCUAUUCUUCAGUAUCGGAAAAAGAUCAAAUCAAUAGUGCUGAUGACUGUUUAAUAUCCAAUGAUGUGCAUAAUAAUGGAUUUCAUGGGGAUUCACGGGAUUCUUCAAGUCAUAAGUUGUCAAUCACUAAUUGCUUUCAAAGUGUGAUUGACAUGGAUUGUAUUCCAUUAUCUGGUGAACGCAUGGGUGGUAUGGCUGCUGCUAGUUUUGACAAAGAUUUAGUUUUUAUUAUGGAUAGUGCUUUGAUAUCAUUUGAUGAAUUAAUGCGACUAUUCAAUUCAGCAUGUACAGAAGCGAAAAGUAUUCAUACAUCUUUAUCUGAGCCAACUUUCGAUUAUGCACGUCAAUUCACCGGUGAUGUUAACCACAAGUCACAUGAUAAUGAAAAUUUAAACAAUGUCAUUACAUUAGGUGGAAGAAAGUUGGUCAGUUUUCAAGAUCCACCUUACCAUACGACUGAUCCUCAGGAAGAACCGAUUCAUAUAUUGAAUAUUGCCUUACGUCAGUCAACAGAUAUUUGCUUGAAAUCGACUCGUGUAUCAGAUGAAAAAAGCUUUGAAUACACCAACUCUCAACUGUUGCCUGAUUCAGUGAUAAAUGAAACAAGUGAUGUAUCACAAUUGGAGGAAUUUUGUUCACGUCAUGUCGAUCAGUUGAGAGCAUCUGGUAUCCGAAGAAUUACUUUCUUAGUUAUUAAAACUAGAGAAUUCCCACGAUUGUAUACCUUUCGGGCGCGUGAUAACUAUCGAGAAGAUCGAGUCUAUCGGCAUUUGGAACCAGCACUGGCUUUUCAAUUGGAAUUGAAUCGAAUGAAAAAUUAUAACCUUGAACAUCUACCUACUCUUAAUCGUCGUAUGCAUUUGUAUUUGGGUUGUAGUAAGAUAAAUGGCAGGAAAGAUGUGGUUGACUAUCGUUUCUUUGUUCGGUGUAUUAUACGACAUGCAGAUUUGGUUUCACGUGAAGCUUCAUUUGAAUAUCUCCAAUCAGAAGCUGAGCAUAUUCUCUUAGAAGCAAUGGAUGCCUUAGAGUUAGCAUCUGCACACGCUGAUGCAUGUCGUACAAUGGGGAAUCAUAUCUUUUUAAAUUUCGUCCCUGUUCUCCUCUUAGAAGAUAUAAACAGGUUGAAGUCAACCAUUAGACGAACUGUAAUGCGUUACGCCCGCCGAUUUUUGCGUCUACGCGUAUCCCAGGCGGAACUAAAGCUACACAUUCGAUUCCAUGCUUCUGAUCCUGUUGUACCGAUUCGUGUAAUGCUCAGAGAUGAGCAUGGUUAUGAUCUAGGCUUGGAGGUAUAUCGUGAAGUAUUGGAUCCAGUGACCGGUGUUUUAAUUCUACAAUCAAUUAGUCCUCAAAACGGUCGACUACAUGGGAAUCCAGCGGUCACUGCUCAUGAGAAUAAAGAUUUUUUCGAAGUUAAACGUUUUCAGGCAAGAAAAUUUAACACCACCUACGUGUACGACUAUCCUGCACUAUUUUCUCAAGCGUUAACGGGUGUUUGGCAAAGUUAUAGCCCGUCUGUUUUAGGUGGAGGGAAUUUUGAAUUGGCAUCAGUAAAACAGAAUGUUACUGCUGAAUCGGUGGACAAGAAAACAAUUAAUGGCAGUAAUUUUCUAUCAAAGUUCCAUGGUUUAAUUCCUUUAAAUAUUCCAGAGAAUUUAGUCAUAUCAUGUACAGAACUAUCUCUGGAUAAAAAUGGUAAUUUACACCCGAAUACAAACACUCUGGGUACCAAUGAAAUUGGGAUGGUUGUAUGGCAUAUGGUGCUACGAACACCGGAAACACCAACCGGUCGUCCAAUCAUAGUAAUUGCGAAUGAUGCAACUUUCAAAGCUGGAUCAUUUGGACCGGCUGAAGACUUGACUUUUCAUCGUGCUAGCCAACUUGCCCGACACUUUGGUAUACCUAGAUUUUAUUUAGCGUCGAAUACUGGAGCAAGAAUAAAAAUUGCCGAAGAUCUCAAAGUUACUUUCAAUGUUGCUUGGAUUGAUCCUGAGCAUCCUGAAAAGGGCUACAAGUACCUGUUUUUAACACCUGAUGAUUAUUAUCGUUUUAAAUUGGAAGAAGCGGUGAACUGUGAACGAGUUGAAGAAAAUGGAGAGAUUCGUUUUAAAAUUGUCGAUAUUAUUGGCAAAGAACACGAUAUGUCAGUGGAGAAUCUGCGUGGUUCUGCUAUGAUAGCUGGCGAAACUUCCGCAGCCUAUGAUGAUAUAUUUACUAUUACAGUAGUAACGAAUCGAGCAAUCGGAAUUGGAGCUUAUCUAGCUCGUCUUGGUCAACGUGUUAUUCAGGUUAAUAAUUCGCAUAUCAUACUAACGGGUGCAAUGGCUCUUAACAAGCUUCUUGGCCGAGAAGUGUAUUCUAGCAAUAGUCAAUUAGGUGGUGUUCAGGUUAUGGCGAAUAAUGGUGUGUCGCAUCUAGUAGCAUCAGAUGAACUAUCAGCUCUGCAGUUAGCUAUCGAAUGGCUUAGUUAUAUUCCGCAAUAUUCAAACAAAACAUUUUCAGUAUUAUAUAAACCGAUACAAAUUGAACAAGGACAUCAUUUUAUCAAAACGAUACAAACAAAGAUUGAAAUUUCUUCUCAACUUCAAGUUUAUCAACCGAAAGUGAAUAAAUCAACUGGCUUCAGUUUACCAUUUGAUCCUGUUGAUCGUAUAGUAGAAUAUGUGCCUAGUCGUGACCGUCCAAAUGAUGAUCCCCGAUGGAUGUUUACUGGUAUCAUGAGUUCCCAUUUUGAAGCAUUCUGUAAAUCCUCUGCCAAUAAACAGGCUUCAUCAGAUCUUCAAUUUAAUAAAUCGCCCACUGAUCAUUGGAUAUCAGGUUUCUUUGACUGGGGAACAUGGCAGGAGACAUUAUCAUCUUGGGCUGCUGGGGUUGUGACUGGACGAGCACGUCUUGGUGGCAUCCCAUGUGGAGUGAUUACGGCGGAGACAAGAUCUGUUGUUUGUCGUGUUCCAGCGGACCCAGCUAAUUUAUCUUCUGAAGCACAAGUUGUUAAUCAAGCCGGUCAAGUAUGGUAUCCGGAUUCAGCAUAUAAAACGGCCCAAGCUAUUGCUGACUUGUCACGUGAACAUUUACCACUGUUUAUCUUUGCGAAUUGGCGAGGAUUCUCUGGUGGCAUGAAAGAUAUGUAUGAUCAAGUAUUGAAAUUCGGUUCAAUGAUAAUUGAUUCGCUACGUCGCUACACUAAACCAGUUUUUGUCUACCUGCCGCCGAACUCACAACUUCGUGGCGGUGCUUGGGUUGUAGUUGAUCCAGCAAUUAAUCCGGAUUUCAUGGAAAUGUAUGCCGACCCAGUAUCAUCUAGAGCCGGUGUUCUAGAGCCAGAAGGAACCGUUGAAAUUAAAUUUCGACAGCAAGACCUAAUCAAUACAAUCAACCGACUGGACGAUUCAUGUAAGAUGCUUCUAAAAGAAAUCAAUAAUCUGAAUAAACACAGUAUGAAUUUGUCAUCGCUCAAUGGCAAGGAAGAUGGAGGCAACACAAAAUCAAUGAAUUUGUCUACCGAGGAAUGUUGUCUACAACUACGCACUGCAUUGGAAGCUAGACAGAAGGAAUUAUUACCCUUCUAUCAUCAGGUUGCUUGUACAUUUGCCGAUCUUCACGAUACACCGGGUCGUUUAUUAGCCCGAAAACUUGUGCAUAAGUUGGUCGAUUGGUCAAAUAGUCGUUGCUUUUUCUAUACACGACUUAGACGUCGUUUAUUGGAGUUGUCAGCUCUCAGUUUUAUCUCUGACAUACUUCCGUUUUCUUCGGAUCCAUGUCCAAUUGAUGCCGAAUAUGUUACGUGUGAUAAAAAUGUUUCUUUUCUACACGUCAGUGCUCAAAAAGAUAGAAGUAAGGAUAUUUUAUCGAGAGAUGAAGUCGACGUUAAACAAUCACCAAUUAGACUUCUUCGUGUGGAGAGUAAUCACCGAAUACGUUUCGAUUCAGAAAGUCUUACACAAGCUGUUACAAUCAAUGAUUUACCAACUAGUCCCGAUGCUGCUGACAAUAUUGCAAAACAAGUACCUCAUUUAGCUGUUAACUAUUCUUCUCGUACCAGCCAUAAAAUGUUACUUUUGAAGAAUUGGUUUGUUGAAGCAAUGGAAGGAGUAAGUCAAUCAGACGUUAAUAGCUCUGGAGUAAAUGGAAGAACUAUACAUACAACAUCUAAAGAUGAAAACGGAGAAGAACAAAACGAAAAUUUAACUUCAUUAUCCCAAAAGAAUUCUAUGAAUCCCUAUUGUUUGUGGGAAAAUAAUGAUUUGAUUGUUGGCAAUUGGUUAGCUAAUGAGUUAGAUUGUAAUGAAUUACGCUAUUUGGCAAAUAUCAAGGCUGUGGAAGAAUUUUGCUCCCCCGAUACACCGACAUGCCUUUCAUUCAUUCCAGUGGAGAAUAUCUCCCAAGAUAUCCCCGAUAUUCGCUUAUUCAAACAAAAUGUCAUACAAGAGAAGAUUCAACAACUAAAAAAGGAACAUUUGAUUGAAAAUAUUAAACAGUGCCUUAUCAAUAGUAGUUCACAGCUUUCGCCAAGUGAAUUGUCGACAUUAUUUAAAACUGCUUUAACUCUAUCCGAGCGUAGUCAUUUAGCCAGUCUCCUGUUAUCUGAACCAAAUGAAAUGAACACAAACGGUCAAGAUAUGGUGACGGAAGACGAUUUUUUCGCUUCUCUCAAGUAA